AUCAAACUUUCGCCGAUUUUCCUUCGUUUUUCCUCGAACCAAACACUCCUGAGCUAGCACCAACACCAACACCAACAUAUAAGAUGCAAUGAAUUGGCCCAAUUUUCGAGGGAAUGCAAGUGAUAUAGCCAGAACCAUAAGCACCAAAAUUCCCUCCUGUCUUGAACCACAACAAGCGUCAAGAACAACCUAGAAAAGAAAACCAUGUAGAAACAUUUAAUUUGCAAGGAUCUCGAGGUGGGUGUCUCAGGAAAACAUUGUUCUCUCCAUUUCAUCUGGGUUUCGUUCGAAGGUUGUUGAAUCUCAAUAAUGGAGAGCGACAAAUACUCUAAGGAAAUGGAUAUAGCCGUUAGAGUGGUGCACAUGGCGUGCUCUCUGUGUCAGAUGGUGCAAAAGGGGCUGGUUUCUACUGACAGUGACCAAGUUAAAUCCAAGGACGACGAUUCUCCUGUGACUGUCGCAGAUUGGAGUGUCCAAGCAACCGUUAGCUGGAUACUGUCAGGAAUUUUUGGCAGUCAGAAUGUCUCUAUUGUUGCUGAAGAAGAUGUCAAAACUCUUUCCAAGGCUGAUUCAGCAGAUUUGUUGGCAGCUGUGGUGAACACUGUGAAUGAAUGCUUGGCAGAUGCACCCAAGUAUGGUCUUCAGAGACCAGACAAAGUCCUUGGGACUCUACAGAUUCUAGAAGCCAUCAGUCGAUGCAACUCAACUGGGGGCCCCACGGGAAGACAUUGGAUACUUGACCCGGUUGAUGGCACACUAGGGUUUGUACGGAAGGAUCAGUAUGCCAUAGCUUUAGCCUUGAUGGAGGAUGGACAAGUUGUUCUUGGCAUUCUUGGAUGCCCCAAUUAUCCUAUGAAGAAAGAGUGGUUAAAUUUUCAUCAUGAACACUAUCAAAAUAUGUCCCAAUUGUCUCCACCCAGUUUAGAUUCAUGGGAAGAAGGAUGUGUUAUGUAUGCAAGAAGAGGCAGUGGUGAGGCAUGGAUGCAACCAUUAGUCCAUGGAGAUAAGAAGUUUGAAUGGCCAAACUCUGCUAGACGGAUUCGUGUUUCAUCCAUUGAUGAUCCGUCAUUGGCAACAUUUUGUGAGUCGGUAGAGAAGGCAAAUUCAAACCAUUCCUUCACAGCAGGGGUUGCUUAUAGUGUAGGCCUCAGAAAGCAGCCCUUGCGUGUUUACAGCAUGGUGAAAUAUGCAGCCAUUGCUCGGGGAGAUGCUGAGAUAUUUAUGAAGUUUGCAAGAUCUGGGUAUAAAGAGAAGAUAUGGGAUCAUGCUGCUGGUGUUGUCAUUGUAGAAGAGGCCGGUGGUGUGGUAACUGAUGCUGGAGGGCGUCCCUUGGACUUUUCAAGGGGAGUGUUCUUAGAAGGUCUUGACCGGGGAAUAAUUGCUUGCUCUGCCACAUUGCAUGAGAAAAUCAUCGGGGCUGUUUAUGCUAGCUGGGAUUCCUCUAAUUUAUGAGACUUUCAUAUCAUGCCAGUGCACUGUGGAGUCAUUAUAUUUGGACUUUUGCAGGGGCUAGCAGAUUGCCGAAAAGGGGAGGUCGCCCGGAUGUACUCGAGUUUGACAAUGCUCCAUAAUGUUUCUCCAUGUCUAGCAAAAUUGACACGUUGCUUCGGGGAAAUGAGCCAUGACCAAGUACAAGUUUUACAGCUUUGCCUAAUAUAUUUACAUAUUUACCUGAUCUAAACAAAACAAUGAUGUCUCAUUUUAGUAUCUAAUAAUCUUGACUUUCAUUUUAA